AUGCUCGGAUCGGUCACUACAGCCGGUCAGGCUGACGAGCCGGAUCGGGCUGUAUCGACGAGUCCAACCGUUGUAGCUGAACCGGCUGUAGCCGAAGAAUCUGUGGCCGAAGGCGCUGUCGAUUCUGGAGCGGCGGAAGCACUAGCAUUGGGGCAGGGUAACGUGGUGCAGGGUAACGUGGGGCAGGGUAACGUGGUGCAGAUGUUAUCUGUGGUGGAGGGCCGGCAGCACUUCCACAUCGUCAUGCAGCUCUGCCGCGGCGGCUCGCUCGCCGAAUUCCUCGAGAAACGCCGCCGCGGCCAAGUCGCCACCUUGGCCGCCGCCGCCGCCCCCGCCGUCGUUUCUCCUGCCGCUGCUUCUCCCGCCGCCUCUUCUACCGCAAUUCCCGCUUCGGGUUUUACCCCGUGCCCCUUGCACUCCUACCAAGUCGCUCGACCCUCAGCGCGCGUCGCUGCCGGGGGAGAUCGUUCGCCUGUCGGUUUCCUUCCCGCAGACUCCGGAAACGCCUCGCCGUCACCGCCGGCGACGGGAGUGGCGUCAGAUGCGGAGAACAGUCCUCACAGAUGGUAUCAGGCGGCGACGUGGGAAUCGAACUCGGAGGAAGAAGGCGGAGAGAACGAGGGUGUGGAGGCGCUGGAAGGGACUGAUUCAGCAGGCCGCGAUUGGCGGCAUAGGAUGCGCGACGAAGAAAGAUUGGGGGAGAGUGGUAGAGAGAGUGAGAGAAUUGAGGACGAAGCUACGGAGCAGGAGGACGAAGAUUCCGUGGCGUCGCAGCUGAAAGCUGAUUGGGUGCCACGAAAGGCGCUGACGGGAAAGGGCAUGGAGAAGUCGGCAUCGACGGGCGAGCUAGCGCAACUCGCGGAGGCAGAAGCGGCUGCUGCGGCAUCGUUCGCGGGGCGAACUAAUGCGGGGUUCUCGCCGGCCACAGGGGCUGCAGGGUUGUCCACGUCGGCAGGAGCUGAGUCUGCAGGAGCGGGUGGGGGAGAGAGCAGUAGGGCGGUGGUGUAUGGAGGGAUGACGGAGGAGGGGAGGAGGAGGCAGCAGGAGUGGGAGGACGAAGCAGCGUGGAUAGUCUAUGAGAUCGCUGCUGCAGUGGCUUAUUGCCACAAACGGGGCAUCUUACAUCGAGACAUCAAACCAGAGAACGUUCUCUUGACACAGCCGCCCAGCUCCCAGCUAAUCACCACUCUGGCCUCUCCACGUUCCCCUUGCACCGCAGCUGCGUCCUCCGAGGACCAAAAAUUCCGUUCUGCACAUGUUGUGGGGCGGUCAACGUCAGUGGGGCAGUCAACACCAAUAAAGCCAAGCAGUGAGUUCCUGUGCAAGAGCCCCUCCUUCUCCAUCCUCGCCACCACUGCUGGUGCUCAUGCUGCCGACUGUGGGGCGAGGGGUAGGCCCGUGGCGGCUGAGUCAGGGCGGUAUCAGGCAGCCAGUGUGGGUGCUGCUGCUGCCCAUCCACCCCACUCUGGUGGGGCCCAUACGCAUGGCAGGAUGUAUGGCAGCGUGCAUGGGAACGCGCAUGGGCACAGGCGCUCUGGCUCUCUCGCCAGCUGGCUGGGUCGAACCAGCCUGCGGAAGAAGCAGCAGCAGCAGCAGAAGCAGGAGCAGGAGCAGGAGCAGGAGCAGCAUCAGCAGCUGAUGCAGCAACUGGACGAUGGGGAGCGGUCUUUCAAGGCAGGCCAUACGGAACUUUCCAUUUGUACUGCUGCUGUUGCUGCUGCUCUCCCCUUGUGCACCUGUGCAUGCAAGCAGCAGCACCAACACUCCAACAAUACCCCUCUCCCUGCUUUCAGUGAAGUGCAAGGGCUGCGUUUGGCUGAUUUUGGCCUCGCAGAGAAGCUUCAGCCGGGGCAGGCAGCCACACGAGGCCUUGUUGGCAGCCCUGCCUACGUGGCACCUGAGGUGGCGGCAGGGCUCCCCGUCAGCUUCCCUGCAGACGUCUGGGGCAUUGGCAUUUGUCUGUACAUGGUGCUGUCAGGCGGCCAGCUGCCGUUUUCUGGGCGGCGCACUCGGCUUCUGUUGUUGAAUAUUCGCAGGGCGCAGCUUCCUAUGGGGACGGCGGCGUGGGUGAGCGUGUCAGGGGAGGCGAAGGAUGUGGUGAGGAGAUUGUUGGCUGCAGAUCCGAAGCACCGGCCAAGUGCGAAGGAGGUAUUGCGGAUGCCAUGGGUGGUGAAUGGGAGAGAACGGUGGCUGCAACGGCAGACAGAACCCUCGCAUCCAGAAGCUUUUCAAUUUGGACCUAACACAGAUGAAGCCGCUGUUCAUUCCACUCCGCCUCGCUCGCCAGAUCAGCUGUCACCAAGAUCAGACGAGUCAAAAGAGGUCAACUUCGACGAUGCUGAGGAGAUGCCUGCCUUGUCGUCAUUCGCUACCACGGAAGCAUCAUCUUCUGCCGGAGCGGCUGGAGGAGAGGUCCUGGACGACCAACGAGACGGCGACCGGGAAUCAUGCGACUCACGGGAGUCCACGUCAGCCUGGUCCACGGCUUACACCACGUGGCCGUCUAGCCUUCACUCCACCUCCUCAUCUUUUAUCAUGAGUCUGAAACGGGGAGGCGGAGACCUGUCUUCAUUCAUUCUCUGGUCGUUUCUCCUGCUUCCUGUGGCUCCUCUAAUCCUCAUCUCGCUACCGUUCUGCCUGGUAAUGCUAACACUUCUCGUCAUCGGAGCUACACUCGCUUACACGUCGUUCGCUGGAACGUGCAUCGGCUGUGCGACUAUACUCUCACCCUUUCAAAGAAAGCUACCCGAGCCGAAGCGCAUUCGCUUGACGGACGGACGGCGUCUCGCGUGGCAGGAGUUUGGAGUCCCGCAGGGAAGUACGCGUCACACGCUCCUGGUCGUCCACGCACCCCCUCUCUGCCGCACGGCAGGUUUUCCAGGUCUCAGUGAGGCGUUCUUUCAUCAGCGGUCCAUCCGCGUGAUCUCGUUCGACCUCCCUGGCACAGGGUUCAGUGACCCUCUCCCUCUCCAAGCCACCACCACAACGGCAUCAUUCGCCUCUGCUGUUGCUGACGAUAUCAAGCAGCUAGCGCAACAGCUGCACGUGGUACCGGGGCUGUGGAUAGUGGGUUUUGGCCUAGGCUCCCCUCUUGCUCAUGCCGCUGCUGAAAGGCUGGGUCAAGGGCUUGUAGCAGGGCUGCUGCUACUGGGGCCACCAGGGGUUCUGAACACUGGCGAAGGUGGUGACACUAAUGAGGAAAUUAGGGGCCGUGAAACGGGCAUGCAUGCGGGAGCGGAGGAGAGGCUACCAGGCGGUCAACCUGAGGUGGUGAUGUCGCGGCAGCAGGCUGGUGGAGUGUGGCAGUUAGUGCAGCAGUCAUUCAGGGGACAGGUAGCGAGCUCUGUGUUGCGGAUAGUGGUUCCGCGCAUCUUGGUGCAGUCAGUUGUGGCGCUGCUCCGGACCUCGCCUGCGGUUCUUAAGUGGAUUGUCACGGCCACUUCACUUCGUCCCAUUUCUCCCCGCGUGGUCUCGCUCAUAUGCGAUGGCUUGUUGGACGCACUUCAGCAGGGCGACCUUCCCUAUCUGCUCAACCUACUAGUCCUAACACUGCAGCCCCACAACACGCAGCCGUGUCCUACUGCUGAUAACCCAUUUUUCUCAGGGCCUGUUUACACCUACAAGGUAUUUGACGAACCAAGCAUCGCAUUCCCAGAGGGAAAGGAUAAUCUUCUGAAGUUCGAGAUUACGAUUAAGCCCGAUGAAGGCUACUACUUGGGAGGAACGUUCACUUUCAGCUUCGAGGUUCAACCCUCUUACCCUCAUGAAGCUCCCAAAGUGAAGUGCAAAACCAAGGUGUACCAUCCAAACAUUGACCUAGAAGGAAAUGUUUGCCUAAACAUUUUGAGAGAAGACUGGAAGCCUGUUUUGAGCAUCAACUCUAUUGUCUACGGCUUGCAGUUUCUUUUCUUGGAUCCCAAUCCCGAUGACCCCUUGAACCAUGAAGCAGCAGAGGUUCUGCGCACGAACCCACGGCAAUUCGACUACAAUGUGAAGCGGUCCAUGGCUGGUGGAUAUGUUGGAGGUCACUCAUUUCCUCGCUGCAUAUGA